ACCAUUCAUCUCUAAAACUUCAUUUUACUCUAAAAAAUGGUGAUAUUGAGGGGGCAUUACAGUCGAAUCCUCUACUUCCUCCUCUUGUUUUUGAGUCUUAAGUUUUGUUCUUCGUUGUCAUCUCCCUCCUUUUCAACAAACACGUCAUUGCAGUUGUGCUCCUAUUAUGACAGACUUGCCUUGAUCGAAUUCAAAAAUAACUUUUCACAAAACAGUGAUGCUUCCUCAGAAUGUCCAACUUCUUAUCCAAAGACAAAGUCAUGGAAGGAAGGCGGAGAUUGUUGUUCUUGGGAUGGUGUUACUUGUGAUACUGUGACUGGUCGAGUGAUUGGACUCGACCUCAAUUGCAGUUGGCUUCAAGGCUCUCUAUAUGCCAAUAACAGCCUCUUUCGACUUUCACACCUCCAGAAACUCAAUCUUGCUUAUAAUGAUUUUAAUAACUCAGAGAUUUCUCCCAAGUUUGGUCAGUUUAAGAGUUUGACAGAUCUUGACAUCUCAAAUUCUAUGUUUUUUGGUGAAGUUCCAUCUGAAAUCUCUCACCUUUCCAACCUCAUUUCUCUUGAUAUUUCUUCUAAUCGUUUAAGGUUUGAAGAUCUUCCCCUUCAAAGACUUGUGCAAAAUUGUUCACUUCUGAAACAACUUUUCUUAGAGGUUGUGGACUUGUCAUCCAUUGAUACAAAUUCUUUGAUGAAUCUCUCAUCUUCUUUGACAGAUCUAAGACUCAAUCGAUGUCGAUUGCAAGGGAUGUUCCCAAGCAGCAUUCUUUACUUGCUGCACCUACGCAUUGUCGAUUUAUCAGACAAUGAAGGCCUCAACAUUCGUUUGCCAGACUCUAACUGGAGUAGUCCUCUAGAAGAACUGCAUUUUGAUCAUGUGUCUUUCACAGGCGAGUUGCCUGAAUCAAUUGGUGAUUUGAUUUCCUUGAAGCAAUUGUCUCUACAAUCCAGUAACUUGACGGGAUCAAUUCCAGCCUCGAUUGGAAACCUACUGCAACUCACUCAUUUGCAAGGUGAUGGCAACAAUUUCAAUGGUAAAAUCCCAUCCUCACUAACAAAUCUCUCGCAGCUACAAGUUUUAUCGCUUGAAAACAAUAAACUGGUUGGUCCUGUUCCUAAUUUUUCCAAUCCAUCAAAAUUAGUUCAUCUAGACUUACAAUCGAAUUUGCUUAGCGGGACCAUACCAUCUGGUCUAUUCAACUUACCUUCGUUGCGUUCUUUGGAUCUUUCAGAAAAUCAAUUCACUGGUCCUAUCAAUGAAUUUCAAUCCCAAUCUCUUGAGCGACUUGUUUUGGGUGGUAGUAACAAGCUGAAUGGUUGUGUUCCAAGUUCAAUCUUUAAUCUUGUUAACCUCGCAGUGCUUGAUCUGUCAUCUAAUAGCUUUAGCGGCACUUUGGAUGUAGUCAUGUUCUCAAAACUCCAACAUCUUCAUUACCUUAACCUUUCAGAUAGUAGCAAUCUUUCAUUCAACAACACAGUUGUGCAUCUGGACAAAAAAAAAAAAAAAAACACAGUUGUGCAUCACAUAUUUCCCAAUCUGCGUCGUUUGUAUCUCGCUUCAUGCAAUUUAACCGAAUUCCCCUACUUCAUAAGAGACCUAAAAGAUCUAUAUCACCUAGACCUUUCCAAUAAUAGACUUUUUGGCCAAAUUCCCGAAUGGAUGUUGGAAGUGGGGAUUGAUACACUAGGUUUUCUGAAUCUUGGCAACAACUAUUUGACUGGUAUAAAAGAACUUCCAUGGAAGUCUCUUUGGUUUCUUGACCUUCACUCUAACUUGCUCCAAGGAUUGCUACCAAUUCCAGUCAAAGUGGACAUCUACCUGAUCUCAAACAAUAAUUUGACAGGAGAGAUACCUUCUUUGAUUUGCAAUUUUACUAGUUUGGUAGAUCUUGACCUUUCAAACAAUAGCUUUUCCGGUACUAUUCCAACAUGCUUUGGAAGCUUGAGCAGUCUUAACGUUCUUAAUCUGCAAAAGAAUACGUUCAGUGGUCGAAUUCCGGAAUUUUUUGACGAAGGGAGUGCCUUGGUGUCUCUCAACCUCAACGACAAUCAACUGGAAGGGCCUCUGCCAAGAUCAUUAGCGAAUUGCAAAAUGUUGGGACUUCUAGACCUCGGCAACAACCGAAUAAAUGAUACGUUCCCUCAUUGGUUGAAAAAUCUCACACAACUGCAAGUUCUUGUCCUAAAGUCCAACCAUUUUCAUGGUUCUAUACAAGAUUGCAAGGACUCUCAUUGUUUCUCCAAGUUACAAAUAUUUGACAUCUCAAACAAUGAGUUUUCUGGCCCUUUGCCAGCCAAAUAUUUUGAGAAUAUGCAGGCCACGAUGAAAACUGAUGGGGAGGUUAUGAGGGUAAUCGUUUAUUCAUUUCAAGAUCCUAUAUUUGUGGUCAUGAAAAGACAAAAGUAUCAAUUACCUAGAAUAAUAGUAACAUUCAAGUUCAUUGAUUUCUCGAAUAACAUGUUUCGAGGAGAGAUUCCGGACGUCAUUGGCAAGCUUACUUAUCUCAAAGGUCUCAACUUUUCACAUAACAACAUUGGAGGUGACAUCCCGUCGUCUUUGGGAAAUUUGAGAAAUCUUGAAUGGUUAGAUCUCUCUUCAAACAGGCUUACAGGGAAUAUUCCAAGACAGUUGACAAGUAUCGCGUUUCUUUCAUUGUUAAACCUCUCACAAAACGAGCUUGUCGGACCUAUACCAAGUGGUGGACAGUUCAAUACAUUUGACAAUUCUUCUUAUGAAGAGAACUUAGGGUUGUGCGGAUCUCCUUUGUCAAUGGCCUGUGACAACAGUGGUGAAAUACCACAAUCACCACCAUCAUUGCAAGAAGAGGAUGAUUCUGGAAGUUGGUUUGAUUGGAAGAUCUGCAUAAUGAUGGGUUACAGUUCUGGACUGGUCAUGGGAUUGUCUGUUGGAUAUAUUGUUUUCUCAGGGACACAACAAUGGUUGGAGAGGAUGGUAGAACGAUACGGAUCUCGGAAAGUGAAAAGAUCAACCCAAAGACAAAGAGGGGGAAGAAACUAA